AUGCACCUGGCUACCAGGACUCCUAUGGAUUCAUUUACAUCAAAGGAGGCGGUAUUAUCCAAUUUAUCAACUUCUUCUCAAAUAACCGAUGAGAAUUCUAACAGUGAAUCAAUGAAUGGUACUCAUCUAACAUGGAAUAAUAGUCAAAUUCGUCAAGCAUUAAGCGAAUUAAGUAAUACAAUGGCAACAACAACAAUGACAGAAACAACGGGAAAAACAGAACAGUCUAAAUCACAAAUAAGAUGGGCAGAAAUACUGCAUGAAUUCGAUCAACCAGAAUCAGACUCACUCACCAAUAUUGAUAAUUCAAGUCGAUCAUUGGUAGAUCAAAGUUUACUGAUAAGCAGUGAUACAUCUAGUCGUCAUUCUAGUACCGUUGAUCCAGAGAAACUAGGAGAAACUGGACAUAAAACUGCGGAUUCACCACAUAUACCAAUUGAAGCAUUAAGUAAACAUCUUGAUAGUCGCUUAUCAUCUAUGAUGUCUGAAUUAAAUUGGUCUCAUAAUGAAUUACUGUACAAAUUUGCUCAACUUGAAUGUAAACUUGAUCAAAUGAAUAAACUGUUAGUACAAAUGAAGGAGGAACAUGAUCUGCUGCGAUUGACAUUGAUGACUAGACAUAGGCGUUUUUAAAGAUAUUUUUUUCAUAACCGUUUUGUUUAUUUUUCCACCCCCGUCUUUCUUUCUCUCUCUCUCUCUUUCUGCUGUCACCAUUUUUGUUAUUCAAAGUUAUUAUGUACACCCUUCUGAUUUUGCAUUUUAUCUUACACAUACACGCAUUUGGGCAUUUUGUCUAGUGUAAGAAAAAAUUUUUUGAAUACAAUGUUAGCGUUUAGGGAUUCUCACAAUAUUCAUGAGUCAUUUGUUUUUUGUU